AUGUUAUCUAGAGGAAACAGCAAUUGAAGAGAUGCAGGUAAAGACCCAGCUCAAAAAAGUGAAUUUCCUGCAGAUAAAAGGAGUAGUACUGAUGAACUGUUUAUAAAAUUAAUUGAGAUAUGCUGCUUGAAGUAUGACUAUUCAAACGAGUAUAAAGAUAUCAAAUCUAAGGCUUUACGUAAUGCAGCUUUAAAAAAACUAUUAGAGUUUUUUAGUGAGCCUAAAAACUCUGCAAAAUAUAUCAUCCAGCAUUUUGAUCGUUUGAUUGAUAUGAUUAAAUUGAAUAUAUUUCGGCCACCUUUUUUAAAAAGGCAAAAAUAUUCAAAAGCUGAUCCUGAUAUUGAAAAUAUUGAAAAAAUAAGCAUUUUCAUAGACCCAGCUUGGCCUCAUCUUAAAAAUGUAUAUAAAAAUUUUCUUCAACUAGUUAUAAUUGAAGAAAUUCCUUUUAGGAUAUUGAAAAGCUAUCUUAAUUAUUCUUUUAUUCAGGAUCUCUUAGAGAUGCUUAACACUGAAAAUUUCAAAGAAAAAAAGUACGUACAAGUAAUUUUGGUAAGGCUAUAUGCAAAAGUAGUGCCAAAAAGAAAAUUGAUGAGAGCUGUUAUGGAAAACUGCCUUUUAGAAAUUAUUCAUGAAGAUCGAGAGUUUGAAGGAACUAAUGAGUUGCUGGAAAUUUUAGCAUCUAUAAUAUCUGGAUUUGCUACUCCAUUAAAAAAAGAUCAUGCAAUUUUCUUCAUAAGAGUGAUCAUUAAACUGUAUAAAGUUGAAAAUUUAGAAUCUUUUUAUGCAAACUUAUCGAGGUGCACUAUGAUGAUUUUAAGCAAAGACAGUUCGUUAGUGAUUCCACUAAUAGAGGGGCUAUUGAGGUAUUGGCCUUGCUGAAAUUCUCAAAGAGAAGUUUUAUUUUUGGCAGAGCUGCAGAAAAUCUUAGGCAUUUACAAGAGUAUGGAAUCCGAGGCUAUGACUUUAAGGAUGCUCAAAAAGAUAUCAAGAUGCCUUUUAUCCCAGAAUAUCCAAGUUGUAGAUGGAGCAAUGUGUUUCUUUGAGUCAGAUAUUUUUUUACAAAUUCUUAGAGAGUCCAAAGAAUGGACUCUUCCUAUAUUUGCACCAAUUGUAGCUGAGGUUGCUGAUAAUCACUGGGAUAAAGAGAUAAAAUCUUCUUCUGAAGCCAUUAAAGAAAUUCUCAUCGAAAUAGAUGCUUGUGCUUUUGAUUUGGCUCUUCAAAGUUAUUCAAAAUAUAAUUGUGUUAGCAUUUUGCAUCAUUCUCAAAGAAGAAUAGAAGCUGAAAAUAAGUGAGAAGUUUUAGCAAAUAGAGCAAAAACUAUUAACCCAGAUUCAAUUAAUCAUAUUUGUUUAAUACAAACUCGAGCGUGCUUAGCAAUUAAUUUUAGUAAUCAGUAUCCAAACUAUUCAAAUUCCAAAUUAAGCACAAAUUAUUAUUAA